UUUUCGCUUAUACCUUUAUUUUCAUAAACAUAUGGCAAUAUUGAACAAAAUUUUUUUGCAUUAAGAAUUAGAUUUUGGUUAUACCUAAAGCUGAAAGCUACAAUGUCAAAUAAUUUAACUUUGGUCAAGUUCGGAAUGCUGUGUAUAUUCACGACACUGCUGAUCAGUAGUCACGUGAGAUAUUCGUCUAUCUGUAAACAAGAAAUUUACCGUGAUAGGAAAGUUAAGUCAGUAAUGGACAAUGGUAAAGUAACUUUGGAUGAUAUUUAUAUCAGCGUAAAAACAAGCAGAAAAUUUCACGAAUCCCGACUUGACCCAAUAGUUAAGACUUGGUUCAAGCUGGCGAAGAAGCAGACGUACUUUUUCACAGACGGCGAUGACGACAAGCUGAACGAAACAACUGAGGGUCAUGUUAUUAACACACAUUGUGGACACACUAAAACUAGACCACAUUUAAGCUGUAAAAUGGGAACAGAAUUUGAUACGUAUUUGGCGAGCGGCAAAAAGUGGUGGUGCCGGUUUGACGACGAUAAUUACGUCAAUCCACCACGCAUGGUUCAUCUUGUUAAUGGUUAUAACUGGACACAAGACAUUUGCAUUGGUAAACUGAGCGUUCCAUUAUUUGCAACAUACUACCAUGGUCAUAUUGAGAAAUAUAAGUUUGCUCAUGGCGGUGCUGGCUGUUGUAUUUCCAGACCAUUGGCUUUAAAAAUGAAACCGUGGUGUGGAAGAGAAAAAUUGGUUGUGACAACACGGGAAACGCACAUGAACGACGAUUGCGCUUUGGGUUUUAUUAUAACCAACCGUUUGAAAAUAUAUAUAACAAUCACCGACCUUUUGCAUUCCACAAGGGAAAAACUCAAAAAUUUAAACCCAGACACUUUACAUGAGCAAGUUAGUUUAGGCCAAGCCUUAGGCAACACAGUGAACUUGAACAAAGUGAAGAGUUCAAAGAUAUUUAACCAUGAUGUAGACCCAACUCGUUUCAUGACUCUUCACUGUUUUCUCUUUCCCACUGCUGACAUAUGUAAAACAUAAUAUAAAACCAUUGUGUGGCUUCUUUAUGUUAUUUUUAAAAAAAGUUAAAACAAUGUGCUAUAGCGUGGUAUAUCGUAUACAAAUACAAUCAAGGG